AGAAUAUCCAGUCUAUCGCCAAUCGCCGGCCCAUCCCUUAAACCCUCGGCAGAACCCUAUCAAAAUUAUCCCCACAGUCCCACCACUCUAACCCUACCGAUCAACAAAACCAAAACCUUUCCUUUCGACCUCACCAAAAUGGCUCUUUCCAAACCCACCUUCCUCACCCACCUCAAAACCCUAGCCAAACCCCACCACCGGUCACCUCCCUCUUUCAUUACACUCCGCUGCCUCUCGUUUAAUACCCCAGAAGAAGCCGCCGCCGAACGCCGUCGCCGCAAGCGCCGCCUCCGCAUUGAGCCCCCACUUUCCUCUGCCCAACGCUCUCAACAACAGGCUCAGCAGAUGUCCCCACCAAAACCAAUCCAAAACCCUAACGCCCCUAAAGUCCCUGAACCCGUCACUGUGCUCACUGGCAACCGCCUCAACCUCCACAACAAGAUCUUAAAACUCAUCCGCGAAAACGACCUCGAUGAGGCUGCUCUAUACACGCGCCACUCUGUCUACUCCAAUUGCCGCCCCGCAAUUUACACUGUUAACGCCGUCUUAAACGCCCAGCUCCGCCAAUCGAAAUACGCCGAUCUCCUCUCCCUACACCGCUUCAUAACCCUAGCCGGAAUUGCCCCCAAUGUGAUUACCCACAAUCUUAUUUUCCAAACUUAUCUUGAUUGUAAAAAACCCGAUACUGCCCUCGAACAUUACAAGCAGUUUACCAAUGAGUCCCCGGUGAAUCCUUCUCCUACUACUUAUAGGAUUUUAGCGAAAGGGCUGGUGGAUAAUGGGAAAUUGGAGAAGGCUUUGGAAAUGAAGGAGGAGAUGGCGGAGAAAGGUUUGGCUCCUGACCCUGUUGUUUAUAGUUAUUUGAUGUUGGGUUGUGCCAGGAGUGGGGAUUCAGAUGGGAUUUUUAAGCUUUUUGAGGAGUUAAAAGAGAAGAAAGACGGGGUUUUGGAAGAUGGGGUGGUUUAUGGGAGUUUAAUGAAAGGGUAUUUCAUGAGGGGAAUGGAUAAGGAAGCUAUGGAGUGUUAUGAAGAAACUUGUGGAGAUAAUUCAAAGGUUAAAAUGAGUGCUGUUGCUUAUAAUUAUGUUCUCGAUGCUUUAAGUAAGAACGGGAAGUUUGAUGAGGCUUUAAGGUUGUUUGAUAGGAUGAAAAAUGAGCACAGUCCUCCUAGGAGAUUCGCCGUAAAUUUGGGAAGCUUUAAUGUGAUUGCUGAUGGCUAUUGCGCAGAAGGUAAGUUUAAGGAAGCCAUGGAGGUUUUUAGGUUAAUGGGUGAUUAUAGGUGUAGUCCGGAUACUUUGUCAUUUAACAAUUUGAUUGAUCAAUUCUGUCAAAAUGGACUGUUGGCUGAAGCUGAGGAGCUAUAUGGCGAUAUGGGUGAUAAGGGAGUUAGCCCUGAUGAGUAUACUUAUGUUUUGCUGAUGGAUGCUUGCUUUAAAAUGAAGAGGAUUGAUGAUGGGGCUUCUUAUUUUAGAAAGAUGGUGGAGUUGGGUUUGAGGCCAAACUUGGCUGUUUAUAAUAGAUUGGUUGAUGAAUUGGUUAAAGUGGGAAAGGUGGAGGAGGCGAAAUCCUUUUAUGAUACAAUGGUGAAGAAGCUUAAAAUGAAUGAUGCAAGCUAUAAGUUUAUGAUGAAAGCACUUAGUGAUGUGGGGAAGUUGGAUGAGGUGCUGAAAAUGGUUGAUGAGAUGUUGGAUGAUGAAAGCGCUGAUUUUAGCGAGGAGUUGCAAGAGUUUGUUAAAGAUGAAUUAAGAAAGGUAGGGAGAGAAGAUGAUUUGACAAAGCUUAUGGAGGAGAAAGAGAGACUGAAGGCUGAAGCUAAGGCUAGAGAAAUUGAGGCUGCGGAAGCAGCCAAGAGAAGUGCAAAAGCUGCUGUCUCUUCUUUACUUCCAUCUAAGUUGUUUGGGAACAAAGAUGAAUCUCAGUCUACUAUGGCCAGUGAAAGCACCAUUGACUCUUCCUCUGGAGGUGAAGCGCCAGUGCAAGACGGGAGUCAAGGGCCUAUAGAGGAAGCUACUGUUAUAGAAUCUGUUGCUGUUGAUACAAAUUCAACGAGUGAAGCUACUGUUGCCGAUUCUAAUGCUGUGGAUACAAAGCCAUUCUGAUUAAACAUGGUGUAAAAGUGAUGUUGCAAAAGAGAGCAGGUAAUAGCUCAAUGGUUUUGGAAGGAGGACUUGAUUUAAUAUGCUUGUCUAAUCAAUUUAUCUGUAAUUAGGGAAUAUUGAAAAAUAAUCUCUAAUUAUUGGUGGGAAUGCUAGUUGAAUAAUUAUUGCAGCAAAUGGCACAAGUUUUUCGGAGUUUUGUAGCUCAUGUGUUGAGCUCCCUUCUUUCAGUGCUGGAAUAGUGGUGGCAUAGCUUGUAUUUAAUGGUAGCUUUUGAGCCUCCGAAGAUUCUUCUUUUGUUUUCAUUUAUUUUGGCUAACAAGCAGAAAAACUGAAGAUGGAAUCGUAUUUGGCCUGGUAAAGCAAGUUUCAUUUCUACAGAAUUCUUUUCUUUUUUUGAAGUAGUCUAGUCUAUACCCAAUCUCUGGUUAACUUGUACUGCGAAAUUAUAUAGUUUUUGACCAGCUAGGGACUUGGACAGUUGGAUAUGCUUUCAAUUUCAUUGCACCUCUUUACCCAACCGAUGAGUUUGGGACACUGUCUCUGCAGUCUACACUGAAAGUCGGGCACAAGCGUCAACUCUACGUAGCCAAUACUGUGUGCCCCCAGUGUAAUCUGCCCAGAAUCUAGCUCAGGAUUGCUGGAAAGGAUCAGAGGAAGCAAUUGAGACUUGCCAUUCCAAACUACAUGAUAUGAAUUACUUGCAGAUGAACUUUCCAUCAUGAAUCAAAAAAGUGAUUUCCUUAUGAAUUGGGUUUUAUUUCUAAAAAGGUUGCGGGCUUUCAUUGAAUAGAUUGUCUUCCUUGGGCCAGCCUUAUCAGCCAAGCAAUUCUUACUCUAAUAACGAAAGGGCUACACCAUUAAUUUAGCAGCGGCACUUUGUUGCCCAUUUGUUAAUUUAGGCUUCAAGGUCUCAUUGCUUAUGUUUAAACUCCUAAAAGUUCAUUGUUCAUGAAAAUUACGAAAUUAAAUGGCCCACUGCGAAGUCCAUUAAUCGACAAUUGCUACUUUGUAUGAAGUAGAAUCUUUUGCUCGAAGUGAACUUGUCAAGUAGAAAGACGAGAAGCAAUGAAGCAAAGUUAAGAUACUUGGGGGCUGCAAAGAAGGUGGCUUGAUGUUUUCAAUGGUAAACGAGGGGCAAGGACAGGAUGGUUUAUACCACCCGAUGGUUUUGCAGCAAUAAAUGGAUUUGAUAGUAGUCAAAGUUUGGCCUCAUCACUUUUAUCUUGCCACAUUUGUCUCAAGCUGGCACAUUUUUGU